UGUGUUUACAGGUAUGUUGGCGUAGGCAAUUCGGAAGAUGUGCAAUUAUUCUACUAUUUUAUUGAGUCGGAGUCUGAUCCAGAAUCUGACCCUGUUCUACUUUGGAUCACUGGAGGCCCUGGUUGCUCUGCUCUAUCUGGCCUUUUCUAUGAGAUUGGACCAAUAACUUUUGAGCCAGUGGAAUACAAUGGGAGUUUGCCUACACUGAUACUGAAUCCUUACUCAUGGACAAAGGUGGCAAGCAUUAUUUUCAUAGACUUACCAGUGGGCACUGGAUUUUCCUACGCGAGAACUCCAGCAGCUCUACAAUCAUCUGAUUUACAAGCAAGUGAUCAUGCAUAUCAGUUUCUUCGUAAGUGGUUUGUCGAUCACCAAGAAUUCUUGAGGAAUACAUUGUAUGUUGGUGGAGAUUCAUAUUCAGGCAGGGUUGUUCCCGUCAUUACUCAAAUCAUAGCAAUUAAGAAUGAAAUGGAAAUCAAACCAUUUAUCAAUCUUAAGGGAUAUUUACUCGGAAAUCCAUUGACUUAUGAAGGUGAAAAAAAUUAUGAGAUUCCAUUUGCUUAUGGAAUGGGACUUAUUUCUGAUGAACUCUAUGAGUCCUUAAAGACCAAUUGUAAAGGAGAGUACCUUAAUAUAGAUCCAAGCAAUACACUGUGUUUGCAAGAUGUUCAGACUUUUAAAGAGGUUGGAUUCUAUCAUGUGCUUGUUAUAUUUGGCAUUAAACGGGUUCAUUAAAAUGCUGACCUUAUAUGCAGCUUCUAAAAAGAAUUAAUAAGCCCCAUAUUUUGGAACCCAAAUGUAAGCGUUUCUCACCAAGGCCACACCAAUUGUUUGGCCAAAGAAGAUCUCUUGAUGAGAAGUUCCAUGAACUUAACAAUCCUCAACAACUUUCUGCACUAAA